AUGAGGACGGUAAUAAUUGUUUGUUUUGUAUUUACUGUCUAUCUAAUUUACCAUGGACACUCUCAGGAAAAUAGUACAGAUGAUUUACUUGGACAAGAUUCGAUGAUUGAAUUCUCAAAACAAGAUUUCGUGAAUGAAAAUGAAACGGUUGGAAAUAAUGGAAAUAGUAUUCUACCCGAAAGUUUGAAUGAAACUUGUACAAUAACAGAGACGAUUGGGACUUAUUAUUGUUAUUGUUUAAUUGACAAGAAACAUUCUGGAUUAUGGGACUUCGCUGCCAUCAGAAAAUGGAUCGUAAACUCGAAUUAUGAAUUCCAAUUUGAUUUGAAAUGCGUUAACUUCUCAAAGAUUGCAUUGCCGUGGCCAAUCAAAGCCAAGAAUAUCGAUUUUGUCAGGGUAAAAAGUUGUACUAUAACUGGAUUUUUUACGGACUAUGGAAAUCCCUAUAUCGAAACCAUUUCGGAUCAUCUACGAGUCAUGGACAUAUCCAACUCCAUCGUUCUCAUGUUGUUGAAGACGGUAAAUCAGAAAAAUUCAGAAGACGAAAUCAUAGACGCCGGAAGUAAUAUGAUUGCGAAUAUUCGCGAGCUUGACCACAGAUGCUCGUACAACGAGCUUAUAGGAAUUGACAUCAGUUCGAGCACUACUAGGUCAAGAUAUUUCCUCUCAAUUCUGAUUGAACUAUCAACAUUUCCGAAAGUGACAUUUUUUAAUUUGUCAAACACCGGACAAACUGAAAUCACGAAAGAAUUUAAAAUGUGGUGGAGAUUCUUUCCAAAAAUGGAAUUAUUAGAUCUGUCUUACAAUAUCAUAUCAACCAUAGAUUUGGAUCCAUCAGCCUUCACGUGGAGUUCUUUCAAAAUAAAAAUAGAUUUAAGAUACAAUAACAUAACCGAAUUAGCACAAGAAGAUUUGGAACUUCUCGGUAGCUUAUCGAAUGUAAACGUCGAUAUUAGAUAUAAUCCGAUACAUUGUGAAUGUUCAGAUCAUAUGAUUGAAUUGUUGGAAAUAAUACACGAUGAUACAAAGUGGGAAGCAAUGGGACUGCAUCGAUAUGAUUAUCUUAAAAAUAUGACCUGCAACUUACCGGAUAUACUGAAAGGUAGAAAACUUUCAGAUAUAACUAAGUCUGAUAUAUUAUGCCCAAUGUUUAGUGCAUCAUCACCAGCCCUUAUAAUAGUUCUGAGCAUCUGUAUACUAAUCCUUAUUGUUAUCAUUAUACUUUUGACAAAAUUCAGAAAAGAAAUAUUUAUUUUGACGUAUACCAGAUUUCAUAUCAUACUUCCUUGUCAACCAGCAGAAGUUUCGGAGAACAAAACUUACGAUGCAUUUGUGUCUUACAGUAGUCAAGACGAAGAAUGGGUUUCUAAGACGUUUAACGAAUUAGAGGUCUCAUCUCAGUCCGACGGUUACCAUCAGUUCCGGUUUUGUCUGCACCAUAGAGACUUUGUUCCUGGGAAGACAAUUUUUGACAAUGUCAUAGACAGUGUGGAAUCAAGUAGACAUACAGUGAUUAUUUUAUCAAAACAUUUCUUACAAAGCCACUAUUGCAUGUAUGAAUUUCAUGAAGCUUUUCAGCAAAGUAUUAUAGAACGAAAACGUCACAUGGUGGUCGUUUUAAUGGAAAAUAUUCCUGAGGGAGAACUUCCAACCGAUUUAAAAAGAUGUCUCAAAACAUUUACAUAUAUUAGAAGAGACGAUUCGAUUUUCAAAGAUCGAUUGAUAUUUGCAAUGUCGCAUAAAGGGAGGGGAAAAGCGAAAUCCAAUAAUAAAAAUACAGUUACCGACGGCCUUGACAACCCUGUAUUUUCUUCAUCUGAGAAGGAUGUAACACUUCGAUUAGAGACAUCCAGACCUCGGCAUGACGACUCAGUGAUAACGUUGAGCCAGAUUGUUCCAGAUCUCGUUGUUGGACAUAAUGAAUCUAAAAGUAAUGGAAAUACAUUAGCAUAGUUAAUGGUAUAUAUAUUUUUGUAAUGGUCGAAUGUCCGACAGAACAUGUACUGUAUUAUUAUAAAUCUUGAAUUCGACCAAAUCUUAUUCUUUUUCUGAUAUUGAUCUCGUUGUUAAAGUAAUGGAAUCCAAAUCAUUAGAACACAAAGUUGUAUAGUUUAUUGAUGUAAACUAUUUUUUUAUAA